AUGAAAGUAUUCGUCAAGAAGUUCCUUCACUCUGCAAACAUAGAUGACGGGGAAGUGAGAGUCGGUCUUCUGUCCUACAGUACCCAGGUUACGGUAGAAUUUCAGCUUAACACUUAUAAAACAAAAGCAGAGUUGUUUGACGCCAUUGACCGUGUUCCUUGGACAUAUGGAGCUACAAACACCGCUGAUGGACUGAAAACAAUGCAUGAAGAAAUGUUCUCUGAAGGCAAUGGUGACAGACCAGGUGUUCCAAACAUAUGUGUUGUCAUUACUGAUGGCGUAUCCAAUAUCAAUCAUCGAAGGACAAUUCCUGAGGCAAAACAAGCCAGAAGAAAGAGAAUACAUAUUUUUGCCAUUGGUAUCGCACUUAAGGAUUUGAGGGAAAUAAAUGGCAUUGCUAGCCAGCCUGCCAGCGUGAAUGCGUUUGCAAUUGAUUCCUUUGAUGAAUUAGAAGGUUUAAAUGAGAAGAUCUCUAAUUCCGUCUGUCCAGGUGGAUGGGCUGACCCUACUAUGGCGGUCAUGAAUAUAAUGUCAAGCAGAUUAUCACUGACACACUUUUGA